AGAUCUAGGUUUGGCCCUGGCUUACUUAAAGUGGCAUCUACAAACAGUUAGGGCUCGCAAACGCAGCCCGUUCAGUCACUCUUCAGCAUUUCUCCCAAACGUUGCAGAGAUCGAAGGAGAAAAUGGCUUUAGCCUUCGAUGAAUUCGGCCGGCCGUUCAUCCUAAUAAAAGAUCAGGAGCAGAAGACCAGGUUAAGAGGUUUGGAUGCUCAGAAGGCCAAUAUUUCCGCGGCAAAGGCGGUUGCUCGCAUCCUCCGUACAUCACUUGGCCCCAAGGGCAUGGACAAGAUGCUUCAGAGCCCCGACGGCGAAGUCACCAUUACAAAUGAUGGUGCAACAAUCUUGGAGCAAAUGGAUGUUGACAAUCAAAUAGCAAAGCUGAUGGUUGAACUAUCCAGGAGUCAGGACUAUGAAAUUGGGGAUGGAACAACUGGAGUUGUUGUAAUUGCUGGUGCACUUUUAGAGCAGGCUGAGAAACUAUUAGAGUGUGGUAUUCAUCCUAUCCGGAUUGCAGAGGGCUAUGAGAUGGCUUCAAGGGUAGCUGUUGAACAUUUAGAGCAUAUUUCUCAGAAGUUUGAAUUUGGCACUACCAACAUAGAACCCCUGGUUCAGACUUGCAUGACUACUUUAUCCUCGAAGAUUGUAAAUCGAUGUAAGCGUCCUUUAGCUGAGAUUGCUGUUAAAGCAGUUCUGGCUGUUGCAGAUUUAGAGAGGAAGGAUGUUAACUUAGAUUUGAUUAAAGUAGAGGGAAAAGUAGGGGGGAAGUUGGAAGAUACUGAGCUAGUUUACGGUAUUGUUGUUGACAAGGAUAUGAGCCAUCCACAGAUGCCCAAGCAAAUUGAAAAUGCAAAAAUAGCAAUUUUGACUUGCCCAUUUGAGCCACCCAAGCCCAAGACUAAGCAUAAGGUUGACAUUGACACAGUGGAGAAGUUCCAGACUUUACGUCAACAAGAGCAGAAAUACUUUGAUGACAUGGUUCAAAAAUGCAAGGAUGUUGGUGCUACCCUGGUUAUAUGCCAGUGGGGGUUUGAUGAUGAAGCAAAUCAUUUAUUGAUGCAUCGGAACUUGCCUGCUGUACGAUGGGUUGGUGGUGUAGAAUUAGAGCUUAUUGCAAUAGCUACAGGUGGAAGAAUUGUACCAAGGUUUCAAGAGUUGACACCAGAAAAGCUGGGGAAGGCUGGUUUGGUCAGAGAAAAAUCAUUUGGUACAACAAAAGAUCGGAUGCUUUAUAUUGAGCAAUGUGCAAAUUCAAGGGCUGUAACCAUAUUUAUUCGUGGUGGUAAUAAAAUGAUGAUAGAAGAGACAAAAAGAAGCCUCCAUGAUGCCCUUUGUGUUGCUAGGAAUCUGAUCUGCAAUAACUCUAUUGUAUAUGGUGGUGGUUCUGCUGAGAUUUCUUGCUCAGUUGCCGUAGAGUCAGCUGCUGAUAGAUAUCCUGGAGUUGAGCAGUAUGCUAUCAGGGCGUUUGCAGAUGCUUUGGAUUCUGUCCCUAUGGCACUAGCUGAAAACAGUGGCCUCCAACCUAUUGAAACUUUGUCAGCAGUCAAAGCUCAACAAAUCAAGGAGAACAACCCAUGCUGUGGAAUAGAUUGCAAUGAUGUUGGAACAAAUGAUAUGCGUGAACAAAAUGUCUUUGAGACACUCAUUGGAAAGCAACAGCAAAUCUUACUGGCUACUCAAGUCGUGAAGAUGAUUCUGAAGAUUGAUGAUGUUAUCUCCCCUUCUGAAUACUGAUUGAUGAGGUACAGGCCUCAGUCAUCGAUUCUGAAGUUUUACUUUGCCUUGAAAGAUUUGUGGGCUUUAUGCUGGUUGGAUAUUGCCUCUUGGAUUUUAGGAAAGGGGAAAAGAGGAAUGGUUUAUUGCUCAAAGAAAGUAAGCUGCAGUGUAUGGUUUUCUAGGUGUGGCUGCUGCAAUGUGCUAAUCAAACCAUUGAUCUGUAGCCUUGUCAUUUGGGGCAUAUUCAGUGAUUUCUUGACAGUGUACGAGUGGUUGGUUCUUUUUUUUUCCCGCCGCCUAGGUUGGUGCUUCUGAAACUUUUGUUAACUUUUUGUUUCUGCAACUCAACAAUGUCCGGGCCAAUGUGUGAUUCAUCCAAGUGCAGAGAGUGGAUGUGCCAUCCGUGAGGUAUUAUUUAUGGUGUACUAAACUGGUUCGAGUCUUUUACGUGUAGGUUGUUUUUUUAUUUUC